GUUGCUUCGAUACUUUCGUCUAGCAUCCCGUUGGCAAACUCUCGAAAAUAAAUCCAACAGCCCACUUCUCACCAACGAGACUACCGCCGAAUCUCUCCACCUAGCCGCGUCGCUGCUCAGAAACCUAGUGCCCUGGUGCUUGUUACUGUUGCAACCCGUCUACUUCUUUCGGUGCCAACUUGUUCUUCUUGUUCUCUUUUCUGGAGCGAACUAAAGCAACGAGCCACCCUCGGAGCGGCCCGAGGUGUAUCUUUCAUGGAUGGACAAACGCAAACAGAGCGGCUCACAAUUGCGUGGCAAACCUUCACAUGAAUCCACGGCGGGAUCCUCAUCAUGGUCCCGUGAUCUAUCGCUGAAGGGAGGGAGGCCGUCGACCACAAUGGGCAGUACAGAUUCCUUCACCGCCACUUGUUCAACACCCCCGAGCACAGCAUCGACCCAUCAACUGCCCAAAGAUUCCUCAGAGUCGCAUGCAUUUAGCGCAAAUGUUGGACUUGACGACGAUCGGCUGUCAUUAUCAAGCGCUGCAUCCGCUGACAUCGAUAAUGUGGAGUACUAUCCUGCGGAAGAUUCUUCCGAUGGUUCAGGACCCGAGACUGUCAAGACAUUGAAACGAGCUUCAACUACCCAGAGCUCAGGUCGGCUCUUGCGCUAUAUUUCCAGAAAACUGGGAAGGAGUUUUAACAAGAAGGCAGGGUUUCGGGGCAAAGCUUUCCUCCCUAAUGACCAGAUUGAAAGGGAGCGAAACACAUCAACUAUUCUUGGAAGUGCUCGAUGGAAAAUUGUUCUUGUGUCCCGUGAGGCCCAAGAGGGUGCUCGAUAUAGGGACUGGCCCGGGACUCUGGCCGUUGCCCAGAAACAUCCCGAAGCUCUAAUAUUGGGUGUUGAUGUUGAUCCAGUGAAACCACCCUACCUGCUACCAAACUGCCGCUUCGAGAUGAUGGAUGCCUCUCAGUCAUGGUCGUUUGAUCAGAGUUUUGACUUCAUUCAUAUGCGCAUGGUAGGUGAGCUGCCAAAUGGCAAGCACAAACUGUUUGAAACCAUGUACGAGCAUCUGGCCCCUGGUGGAUGGAUUGAGAUAACAGAAUGGCUUGUCAAGUUCCAGUCUCCGAAUCACUCCCUCAACAUGUUCAAUAUCUGGAACAAGAACUUCAAGCGGGGACUCAAAAAGUUCGGAAGCUCGCCUUUUUGGGCAUUGCAGUGGAAACAGAUCAUGCAAGACAGGGGCUGCCUGAAUGUCACAGAGAGAAGAUAUCCGGUUCCUCUGAACCCAUGGGCACCGGGCAAGCGGUUGCAGAGGCAGGGUUUGAUGAUGGCGGAGAACGUUCAGACAUUCAUCGAAGGUGCCACCAUGCCGGUCUUUACUGGUGCCCUUGGCUGGACGCACGAACAAGUCCAAGAACUACUAGUGAGCUUGAAAAGAGAGGUUGCGGACACGAAUGUUCAUGGGUUCCUGACACUGUAUGUCCAUCCGAUUUUCGGUUCAAUGCUUGACAGCUCACAAAGAUGUAGCAUGACCAUUUGGUGCCAGAAGCCUAGAGAAGGCUCAUCGAUAUCGUCAUCGGCCAAGACAAUGAGGUCUGUCUCAUCUCAAGCAACAGCUGCUGAAAGGGGACCAUUCUAG